AUUUGGACGAAAACGCACUCAUCGAUUAUGCGAUAAUCGAAGGCAAUAACGAGAAUGUAUUCACCAUCGAACGCAACAGCGAGAAUUUGGCUGUAAUUAAGACCACGAAACCCAUCGAUAGGGAAUCCGUGGACUCAUACACUUUAACGCUGAAAUGCUUGAAGCAUGGCGAACCCAGUUUUGCAUACCAGGGCGACGAAUACGAACAUAACGAUCUCUCGCUCAUGCAAGUAACGAUCAAGCUGAUCGACAUAGACGAUAAUUUGCCGCAAUUUCGACAUCAGGAUGCCUCAAUUGGUAUACGCAUUAAUGUGCCUAUCGACACCGUUAUAACAACGGUGCAAGCGAGCGAUCGCGAUGCCGAAGCGCCGCCUAUAAUUUACAGCAUUGACAAUGUGACCUUUGUGCCACAAUUCUACAAGCGCACGCGUAAAAUCGACUCUAGACCGCUGAAGAAUCUCUUUACACUCAACAAUCGUACGGGCGAGCUGCGUACCGGCGGCUCUUUUGCGGACUAUGUUGAUGGGUAUUUCCAGAUGCGUAUACGCGCCAACAAUUCGGAGCGCAUGAAACGUCACACAUUCGAUAAUUUGAAGAUUUUCGUAAUACGCGAUAAAUCUUUGUUAAAAUUUGUUUUCGCACGUCCACCAGGCGAAAUACAAGGCAUCAUACGACCAUUCCAAGAGAAGCUGCAGCAGAAAUUGAAGCCGCUCGGCUUGGAGCUGCACAUACUCGAUACGCAAGUGCUGACACGUGCCGACUACACGCUGGACUUUACAGCGACUAGCUCGUGCUUCCAGAUGUUCAAGAAUGGCGUGGCGAUAUCUUUGCAAGAAAUGCAAAAACUAAUGCAUUCCGAGCAAAUGAAGCAGGAAUUGUUCGAUGUGUAUGUGGAGUAUGGCGUGAGUGAGGUGGAAUUGUGUUCGGUGCGAAAAUUACCAGCGGCGGCGAGCUUGAUGACCUCAGCCGGCACUUGGCUGGUCAUAUUGGCGGCGUUCAUAGGGCUGGCAGCCAUUGUGGCGGCGUGUACCGCAUGCUGUCUGAAGAAGAAAUACAAAAAGCACUCCAAGCGCAGCUUGCAAGCAUCACGCGCACCCACCGAGCCCUAUACGGUGGGUAUGGGUGUGCCAACACUCUACUAUUCGGAACCCAUCUACGGUCAAUUGUCAUAGCAACCAAUUAUUUGGUCUAAUUUAGGAAAAUAUUGAUUACCAAAUUAGCGUAUAAAUACAAAACUCUUAUGGAAUAGUUUUUAAAGACAUAUAUAUAGUUUAUACACAGAUACAUAUGUAUAUGUAUGUAUAUUUUUACUUAUAAAGCAACUAAGUCUUUUAAGUCGCUAAAUAAUCAUAUGGUUAGUAACCAAGACUGCGCAUAUUAUUUAAUUAAUGAACUAAGUCGAAUGGUUAAAAUUAAUAAUAUGCCUGUGAUUCAAUAUUUGUGUAAUAUUACAUAUUUUAAAUUUAUGGCUCAUCUGCUAAAUAGUCUGUAUGUAUUAGUGUGGAAUAUGCCAUUUUUUAAUUAAAUUUCUGUAAAAAAAUAUAAAAAAAACGAUAUUCAAAAUGUAAAUAAGUACCAUUAGUUAAUUUAGUGAGGAAAUAAAAGUUUAGAUUUUAA